AUGUUGGUUGAGGAGCUUUCUAAUCUCUGCGGCAUUGACGGAUGCAUAUUUGUGCACGUGACAGGGUUUAUCGGAGGUAACAAGGCAUUCGAAGGAGCUCUAGCUAUGGCAAAGAAGGCGCUCGAAAUUGGAGAUGCGGAGAUUUGUGUUAACGUUGCAUUUAAAACUUCGGCGUGUACUGCUAGAAAUAAAUUCGAUCACUCGCAAUCAACUACGUUUGUAAACGAUACUAGGCAAUGGUCUCAAGAAAUUUAUGGAGAUGUAUCAGGCGCCCACGGUAAAGACGCUGUGAGAAUCGGUCUUAAUCAAUUGUCUGGCAACUGUACCUUUGGAUUGGCUACGAAUAUGGCAGACACUUUCCAGAAUUGGCCUAGUGUGGAUGGAGUGCUAGGUCUCGGCAUCGAUCAUGACGGCACCAUCCCGAGUGAUCCUUUUCUUCAGCAACUUAUCAGUAGCCAGAUCUUGGAACCAGCCAUGUUCACCGUCUAUCUAAAACAUUCACAAAUCAACACUACAACCGCAGGAUAUGUGAUUUAUGGUUCUGCACAUACUUCGCUCUGUGAAACAAUGGUCGACUACCACAACGUUUCAUCAGACACCCCCAUUCAAGUUAUGAGCAUCAUAAUGGGAACGACCUUAAUCAGCCAAACAACUAUGAUGCUAGAGCUCGUUCCUACCAUUUUGGGUCCAAGAGCUGAUGUGCAAAAGAUCGCAGAUAAAGUGGGAGCAACGUACAUGAACAAUAGAUUUGAGAUUAGUUGCGAUGCACCUUUACCAGACUUCGAGUUCUAUAUCGAUUACAGAAAGUAUACAAUCGCUUCGGAUAGGCUAAUAGUAAAGACAGCAAGUGGAUGUGCGCUCGCUAUAAACUUCGUCCAAAACGACUCCUCAGUCAUUCCGCAUUGGUAUUUUGGAGCUCCACUCUUUGAGCAAUACUGCGUCACCUUUGAUUAUGAAGGAAAGCGAUUGGGAUUUGCCCGCGUGCGAGAUGUUGACACCACCACCCUCGAGUAG